UUCAAGAUGGCCGCGCCCACAGCGCUGUAGCAGCUGAUAGAAGAUUGUGUCCAUGCGAGCGGGGUUUAAAUGACAGUUGAGGAGCAGCAGGUUGCAACUGUCAUCCCCGCAGAGAGACAGAGGAGUUUCUGAAAGGCUGUCCCAUCCUCAGCACCGCCAACAUGAGCAAGAACGAUUUAAUCCUCCCCAAAGACUUUCCUCAGCUAAAGAACGACACAUUCCUGAGAGCGGCACGAGGAGAGGAAACCGAACAUGUCCCAGUCUGGUGUAUGAGACAGGCUGGCAGAUAUCUACCAGAGUUCCGUGAGUCCAGAGCAGGGAAAGACUUUUUUGAGACAUGUCAGUCACCAGAGGCUUGCUGUGAGCUCACUCUGCAGCCUCUGAGACGUUUUCCCUUUGAUGCUGCCAUAAUCUUCUCUGAUAUCCUAGUUGUCCCACAGGCCAUGGGUAUGGAUGUCCAGAUGGUUGCAGGUAAAGGUCCAACAUUUCCAGAGCCUCUGAAGGAGCCAGAGGACCUGCAGCGGCUGCAGGUCAAAGUGGACACUGACAAAGAGCUGGGCUACGUCUUCAGAGCCAUCACACUGACCCGACACAAAAUUGAGGGCAAAGUGCCACUAAUAGGAUUCAGCGGGGCUCCGUGGACACUCAUGUCCUACAUGAUAGAAGGUGGAGGCUCCAACACUCACUCUAAGGCAAAGCGCUGGCUGUAUCAGCACCCUGAAGCCAGCCACAUGCUGCUGAAGAUGCUGACAGAUGUGAUCGUGGAGUAUCUGCUCGGACAAGUGGCAGCUGGAGCUCAGGCACUGCAGGUGUUUGAGUCCCACGCCGGCAUUCUGGGACCUGCAGAGUUUAAAGAGUUCUCGCUGCCUUACCUCCGAGACAUCGCUCGCCGCGUCAAAGAUAAACUGAAGGAGGCAGGACAGGAUGUCCCCAUGAUUGUAUUUGCAAAGGAUGCUCACUACGCCUUAGAGGAACUGUCUCAGUCUAAUUAUGAAGUGGUUGGCCUGGACUGGACCAUUGACCCACUAUCCGCACGGGAACGAACAGGAGGGAAGGUCAGCCUGCAAGGAAACAUGGACCCCUGUGCUCUGUAUGCUCCAAAGGAGCGCAUUUCAGACAUCGUGAAGAAGAUGUUGGAGGGUUUCGGCACAAGGGGCUACAUUGCCAACCUCGGCCACGGCGUUUACCCCGACAUGGAGCCGGAGAACAUAGGUGCCUUCGUCGAAGCUGUGCACCAGCACUCCAAACAGAUGAUCAAACAGAUAUGAAGAUAAAUGUCUUGUAUUAAGAACCAAACCUGGCCUUAAGAUGGUGAUGCAAGAAAAAUGUAUAAUGAGGCAUUAUUUUAUUAAAGGCUCUAAACAGUA